UGCACAGAUAAUAUCUAUUUGGUAGAGGAAAUAAAUCCAGCUUAGAGCUAGCAGCUGCAAUGGAAAUUCCCGCGCUAUCUGCAUCGAAUAAUUUCGUGCACGUUCCGGUGAAAUCUACUCAGAAACUUCCUUCCGGCGCUCUAAACCUCUACUAUCUGCUAAAUUUCCGUCGCAGAGGCGGAACCGAGCGUUUCAACUCAUACGCUACGACGCAGGGAGAGAACAGAGUCUCAGUCUCUGCUAAUCAUUCACCGAAUAGGACUCAACCUAUGUCCAACGACUCCAACCCCAAGAAUCAGAACGGCAAGGGUUGGGUUCACUUCGUCGGCAUCGGAGGCUGUGGUUUAUCCGCUCUCGCUAUGCUUGCGCUCAAACAAGGCAUGGAGGUCAGUGGCUCUGAUAUUUUAUGGAGCAGCUUCACGGACGGAUUGCAAGAAGCUGGCGCUCGCUUGUAUUUAGGUCACUCGGAAUCCAAUAUCCAUAGGAAAGAUGGAACAGGCCUGCCGAAUGCGAUCGUUGUCUCCAGCGCCAUUCCACCAGACAAUGUGGAGAUUUUGUAUGCUAAAUCUGUUGGAGUACCCGUGUACAAGAGAGAUUAUUGGUUAGGAAAGGUGACGGAACAUCAUGAUCUUAUUGCUGUUAGUGGUACCCAUGGCAAGAGUACAACUGCUAGUAUGCUGGCAUAUGUUUUGAGUGCAAUGGGAGAGGAUCUAACUGCUAUAGUUGGAGCAGAUGUUCCUCAGUUUCAAGGAGGAAAUAUGAUUGCAGGCUGUGGGCAGAAUUUUGUCUUGGAGGCUGAUGAAUAUGAUGGAUGUUUUCUGGGAUUAUCUCCUUACAUUGCGGUGAUAACAAAUGUGGAAUGGGAGCAUGUUGACAUCUUUCAAGAUGAGGAAGCAGUGGUAAAUACAUUCAGGAGGUUUUUGAAGAAGAUCAGGCUGGGUGGGCAUCUCAUUUUAUGUGGGGAUAGUGAAUGUGCAUAUUCCUUGUUGCGUAACACAAGGCAAGGAUUUUUAUCAGACCAGGCUCUGUGGAUGCAAAGCUCACAGCUAACUCAUGUUGGCUACAGACUAUCUACUUAUGGAAUUUCAGAUUUCAAUGAAUGGCAUGCAUCCUCAAUUUGUCCAAAUUCACAAGGGGGUAGUGAUUAUGUACUUUAUCAUAGGGGGUGUCCAGUGGGAGACAUCAGCCUACAACUACCUGGAGUUCAUAACGUACUCAAUUCAUUAGCCGUUAUAGCUACAAUAAAAGCACUGGUUAGCGAUCAAAAGCUUACUGAAGAUGCACUAAACUGUCUGGGGUUGCACUUGAACAACUUCAUGGGUGUUUCAAGACGAUUUCAGAUUAUUGGUAAGAUAAAUGGGUGCCAAAUUUAUGAUGACUAUGCACACCAUCCUACUGAAGUUCAUGCAGUUCUUCAAGCGGCCCGUCAAAAGUUCCCGUCUAUGGCUUUAUGGGUGAUAUUUCAGCCACAUACUUUCAGCCGUCUAGCAGCAUUCAUGAAGGAUUUUGCAUCUGCAUUCAGUGAUGCAGAUCGAGUAGUGAUUACAGAGAUAUAUGCUGCUAGAGAAAUAAACACUUGGAAUGUUACUGGAGCAGAUCUAGCUAGUUCUAUUAUCAAACCAUCAGCCAAGUACAUCCCUUCUCUGAGGUUAUCCAAAUGUCAUUGAGGUUUUAGCUCCCAUUGAGAUUUUACCAAAAACAGUUCUCCAAAAGAUUCAUUGAUUUGUCCAUAAGCAGCUACCAAGACACCCAGUUGAAUGGAAGAAUUACUCAAUGGAAAAGUAACAAUAUUUGUGCAUACAUGAAGAAACUUGCACUGGGAAGCUACCUACUAGUAUGCUCAUGCAACUUGUUUAACCUUGUACUGCCUUCUUAUGCUAACAAAUUAAUGAUAUGAUGGUCUAUGCACUUGCUAGGAGGAUGUAGUAGAAAAGCUGGCGCUUGAGAUAUUCAUCAAUCCCAAUCGAGAAGUUGUCGUGUUAACUCUCGGUGCAGGUUUUCAAGCUUCACUGAUGGUUGUGUAAUCAGAUGCUUUUAUCUAUCAUCAAACAAGAGGGAACUGGAACUGUUAAGACUUGUUUGAUGUUUGUGUGAUCAGGUGAUGUUACAACCAUAGGCCCAAGGAUACUCCAGGUAUUGCAAGAGAAAUCAGUGGAUACAUCUCAGCCAAAUUCUUGAUUUCUAGCUGCAGAGUGAACCACUACUGGGAAUUCUGGUGCGAGGGAGCAGGAUGAUAUGGGGAAGCAGGUUCCCAUGGCUGUCAGCUGUGGUGGUUGAAUCUGUGUUUCAAAAGGACUAUUAUCUCUGUAAACACGCAUACUGGAGAAAAGCAUGAAUGUCACAUGUCCAGGGCAAGAAUUGCAGCAGUGAAAAACCCUGCAACGUUCAUGCAACCGAACAUUCUCGAUAUUUCUCUUCCAUGGGCAGCAUUCUCAGCUGUUGCAUGAACCAGGGUACCCAAAUGCGGUUAAGGUUGAUGGCAUGACUGCUUAGAGCUUAAGGCACCUACAAUGACAGUGGGGUACACAUCUCACUCAUUAUGCUUGUAGGGCUCAAUUUGGAUCAUGGGAGUGCAAGCAGCCAGUAAUUUGUCACUUUUGCAUUUCACUUAUAGACGAGUUGGCAGAUAGAUCCUUUUUUCCCACAUUGUGUGGAAAUAUUCGAUUUGGUUACUCAUGACUGCAAUUUAAGACUUGCUUGCUA